AUGGAAGGCUCAAGUGCAGAAAAUGGAGAGAAACAUACAGCUGAAAAAAGGGAAGGCCAAGAAAAUAACAAGGAUGAAAGCUUUCGGCAGGAAAUUGAGGACAUUGUGCGAGGUUUCAUAAUCGAGAAAGACAUUUUAGCUCAGAGCCACGAAGAAGAAAUCAACCGCAUGAAACAACGCUUUGACCUAGAAAGAAAACAGCUUCUGAAACAAUUGGAGAUGGAAAAAGAACAAAUGAUUGAAACUUCUAGGAUAGGUGAAUCAGAGAAAGAAGUAAGCUUCGCGCUCUCGAAUGCAUUUGUUUCUGAAGCUGGGCGAAUGCAAUCGUUUUCUCACACCUCUGGAGAGGGAAAUCAGUUUGUAAGUGGUUUUCAUCGACAGUCAAACGGUGGUCUUGACAUUGAUGAUGUAGAUUCCAAUUUAAUACGUGAAAUUGCCGAGGUCUACCUUAGAAUAAACAAUGGUACUCUGACAAGUCAAAUGCGUCCCGAGUUAGACCUCGAAGAUAAAUACGAGAGAGAACGAGAGGCGUUAGAAAGAUCAUUUCACUUGGAGAAAAGGGAGAUCAAACGAAAACUUGAAGAAGAUUGCUAUAGAAGGCUGGAACAAGAGCGCAUAAAAUACGAGGGGAACAUAGCGGAUUUAAAGACGACGAUUUCCGAGCUUCAGUGGCAAAAAAGGGAAGCAGAAAACCUCAUGAGGCAUGAGAAAGAAAAAUGGGAAAUGAAUACAGAAAGGGAUAAAAAUGAAACUGAAAAAAGACAUUUGCAGGUUGUCCAAGAAACUAGACGAAAAUUAGAGGAGAAGCACAGUAGUGAGCUUGAAAAGCAAAGAAAAAGAUACGAGGAGAAUAUUUCGGAUCUACAGACUGACAUUUCUAAGUUAACAAUGCAACUGAAAGAACUAAAUGAGAAUCUCAAUCAGGAAAAAGAAAUCAUAGUGACCAAGUUCGAGAGAGAGGUCAAGGAAAUGGAACAAGCGUUUCUGGAACAGAGGAAUUCGUUGAAGGCCAAUUUCGAAGCAGAAUUCAUGAUGCGGAUAGAGAACGAGACGUCACUACUCAAAAGUCUAAACAUCAAGUUAAAAGAAGAUUUGGAAAACAUGGAGAAAGAAAAGAAAGAAGUAGAGAAGAGAGGAAAGGAAGACAAAAGGAAACUCGAGGAAAGAUUUGAAGAGGAGAUAUCAGAAAUGGAGCAACGGCACUCUGAAGAAAAACGCGCGUUAAAACUAAAACUUGAAGAGAGAUACCAGCAAGGGCUUGUCAGGGAAAAGGAAGCACUAGAGGAAACAGUUCAUGAGUUAAGCGAGGAAGUAGCACUUCUUAAACAAGAGAAUGCGCAAAUGGAAAUUACAUUUGCAGAAAGAAGGGAUGAAUUACAGAGACGACUAGACAUCGAGAGAGAGGAGAUGCAAAGGGAGGCAGCUAACAAUAGCGAAGAGAUUCGGAUGCACGUUGAAAAGGAGCUUUCUCAAAAGUUCAUGCUUGAACAAGAGACCCGAGACGAUACGUUCCGACAUCGGGAACGCGACGUACUGGUAAUUCAGGCAAAGUAUGAUGACCUUGAGAUGCAACUGAAUGCACUGUGUCAAGAGCGAGAGAUGCUGCUCAGAGACAAAGUGAACCUGGAAGAAAAUCUAAAAACUAAGGAGAAGAGAUUGACGGAAUUGAACAGUGAAGGAAUCUCGGGAGGAAAUCAGGACAAGAGCUCAAAAAUCAAGGAAUUAAUCAGAGAGAAAGACAACCAGUUAGCAGGCGUUAAGUUCGAGAACCAGCAACUAGAGUUGAGCCUUUCAGCGAUGAGACGCGAAAAAGUUGAUAUGGAAGAUGAGAUAGUAAAUCUAAAGCGACGAUUGUCUAAUUCCGUGCAACAGUUUGGCAGCUUCGGAGACAAUGUCAGCAGUGAUUUGAAGUCUUUACAAGAAAAGACGAGAAGAAAGGAUGAACAGGAGCUAAGCUCCCUGCAGCGUGACAAGCACGAACUUGAAAUUCGUCUCUCCUCCGUACAGCGUAAGAACGAUGAAUUAGAGGAUGAACUUGCAAGUUUAAGACGCAAAAAGCUAGAAGUCGAGGAUGAAAUAUCUGCUUUAAAACGAGAUAAAGCUGAGUCCGAUAAUCAAGUGACUUCACUAAUAAGGGACAAAGCUGAACUUGAAGAGCUGAUAACGAAUUUAAAGCGAAAACAAAGCAACCUAGAAGAUACCAUGUCCGCUAUGAAGAGAGAAAAGGUGGAACUUGAGUACGAGGUUUCCGUUCUGAAACGCCACAACUCCACCAUGGAGAUCGAAGUUCACAGACUUUUCAACGAUCAGCAGGAAAAUUCACACCCUAUUUAUCACAAACAUGAACAUGAACAUGUUUCGCGCGAUAAUACGUACGGAAUCAUCAAUGCACGUGCUGGGGAGAUAAAGUCUCAAUCCAAAGAUAAUUCGGUUUUUGACGAUCGAGAAGACAGCUCAGACAAUGGAAGGAAAGUAAGUGAAAUGAACAAGGUGGUCUCAGAUUUAACAAGGCAACAGCAUGAGUUAGAGAGCUCUAUAAGACGACUAAGCGAAGAAAAGGCUGAUCUAGAAAAGGAUUUACACAUGCAGCUAGAAUACAGACGCAAUGUGUUGCAUCAAGAGACCGAAAGUCUCAAAGUGAGGGAGGAAAAUGAAGCCAGUUGGGUUCCCCAGCGACAGAAAGAUGCUUUGGAAAGACGAAUAGUUUCACUGAAGGAGGAACAAGCCGAACUUGAGAGCAAAGUGUCCCAGCAUCACAAAGAAGUGAAGAGUCUGGAAGAAAAACUCGAUAAUUUGAAAGAUGAACGCGCUACGCUGGAGAGCGAUGUCAGGACUUUGAAACAUGAAAGACAAAGCUUUUCGAAAAUGAUUGAAAAUGCUGAAAAAGGCCACACAGCUGAAACGAGAGAAGGCAAAAGGAAAAUGCAAUUGAGCAGCCACCGAGGUAAGGAUGAAAAGACUGCAGUAGCCAGCAACGAGCAGCAAUUUACCGUUUUGAGCCAAGAGAGAGAUGCAAUUCGAGCGGAGCUAACCACUUUAAAGAAGCAAUUUGCGAUGCUUAAAACAGAAGUCUCGACAAAGUCCAUUCACAGGGAUAUUAUUGACAUUGACGAAUAUGAUAUUUCAGAGCUGAAAGGAAUUCGCGUUGAGAUUGAGAGAGAAAUUGCUGUUCUCAGAAGGAGAAAAACGGAGUUGGAAGCGGCUAUCGGUGAAGUGCAAGAGGAUACGAGACGGGAAGAAUACGAACUAAAAAAUAUGCGAAAAGAAAGAAUGGAACUUGAGCUCCAGAUUACAGCUUUGAAGAGCCAAAAUACAAGGCUGGAGGCCGAGGGAUCAGUGUUAAAAGAUGAGCGAAAGAAAAACGAGUGCGAAGUAGAUGGUUUAAGGAGGGAGAAAGCUAAUCUGGAGAAAGAGAUAUUUAGUUUGCAGAUCAGAGCCCUCCAAUUUGAAAGCACAGGAACAGGAUCUGAAGGGUAUUCGACAAAAUAUAAGAAACAGCAAGAUGAGAAAGACAUCGAAAGACAAAGAAAGAAACAAGACGCGAUCAGUUUGCAAAGCGAAACAGACAAACUUGUGACUGAAAAAAAUAACUUAGAAAAGAAAAUGCUAAGUUUGCAAAGCGAGCAGCGCAGUCUUGAGGAUGAGUCACGUGAUUUAAAAGAACAGCAAAGCAGAGAUCACUACGAGGUAGACAGGCUAAGAAGAGAAAAACUUAAUUUGGAAGAAGAUGUUGUUAAUUUGCAAAGCGACAAGCGUAGAGAAGAAACUGAGAUCUCCUUGUUAAGAGAGAAGCGAUACAAAGAGGAAAGCGAUGUCCAAAGGCUAACCCGAGAAAAAACAGACUUGGAGAAAGAUAUAUUGAGCUUACAGGUCGGAAAAGAAAGACUUGAAAGCGCCACUCCAGUGGGUGAACGUGUUUGGAAAGAGAACAGCGAUGAUUUAACUGGUUUACGGGCAGCACUACAGGACUUGACCGAAAAUGUAGAGAGCUUCAAAAAGCAGAAGGAAGAACUACAGUCCGAGAUAACAAGGAUAGAGGCAAUCAAAAAACACGACGAGGAAGAACUACGAGCUCUUCGGCAGGAAAAGACAGAGAUGGAAAUCGUCUUAUCGAGAUUGCGGGUGGAAUGUAACAUCGAAGGACGGGAAGAAGACAGUCAAGAAGACUCCCAAUUUAACAUACCACAUUCCCAGGUAACUAAUGCAGCCAAACUUUAAGAACCAGUUACCCUUGGGUAAAUCUAAAUUGAUGAGUAUCAUUGUUGCUUUGUCCAAAAUUGGAAAACCCAUCGAGCUCGAAAAUUGAAGCGUGUAUUUGCACAAGGCGGCGACAAACGCACAGGGGACCCGAAGCAGUAAACCUUAACGAUCAUCGUUGUUAAUCUUGCUCGUUUGGACACUCUUACUAAAUAUUAUUUGGUUAAUAUGGUUUCAUCGGUUUUUCCUUCUGUUAGUGCAUAUGUAACAGGUUUGACUUGACAAGAAGAAUAUAAAUUACUGCACUACACAAAAUGGAAUAUUGAAUUCCCUCACCUAGGGGCCAUAAGCAAAUCCAUUGCAGUGCUUUUCUGUAACAAAGUGGCUGUUUUAAACCAGGGAAGAAAAACUGGGACAUGAUCUGCUAAGAUAAGCAAUGCCGUAAAUCAGAAAAAAAAAGCAAGGUUAAAAAAAGAUGAAAGGCCACGACUUUUAAAACUUAAACUGACAAACCAAUUUUCCUUUACGCCUCUUAUUUUAGGCGCAGCUGGGAAAGAUCAAGGAAGGGCUAUUAGAGGAAAUAACAAAGAUUCAGACAGCCAAGAAUCAAGAAGAAAACGAGCUACAAAAGCUGCGACAACAGAAGUUAGAAAUGGAGGCUUAUAUUUACCAGUUACAGGGUGAAAGAGGGCGUUUUGAAAUGGAAAGAGAGCGAUCUGAGCUGGGACCGCGUGAAAAGAUGAGGGAUGGUAAAUAUUUGACAGAUGAUGAUACGAAAUCAGGUAGUGUUUUACUUCAUGAUGGAGUGAAAAGACAAGAGGGGGAUACCUUACAUAAUUCCCCCCUAGUCUCAGCCAAUACAUACAACCUCAGUUCCUACAGUCCAGAAGCCGCUUUGAUCAAUAAUUCUUACUCCUACAACCCUCACCUUGCCUUCAUUCAAACGGACGAGAUAAACGGAUUUGGAGGUUCUAUGUCAAGCAAAGAUUCCGUCAAAGAAGAUAACGAUGUGAUCUCCAUGAAAAGAGAGAGAAGCGAGCUAGAAAGCCAAGUCAAUGAUCUACGAAUACAAUUGACACAAUUACAGACAGAAGUUACAAGUUUAGAAAACAGAAAAACUAUGCUAGAAACAAUACAUGGCAGCUAUGUCUCUGAAAGUACGAAGACGGGACAGAUGAAUGGGCGAGGAGUAGGUGUUGACUCUGAUGUGGAUUUGGAAAUUACAAAGACCAUCACAGAGGUAACGAAAAUAAAAAAAGUAGCUACCUCUGAAAACAGUUCGUUUGUUACACCAUGAAUGCAGAAAUAUCACUCAAAAGCAUUGAGUUCUCUAAACACCUGGGAAAGACAAAGUCAUAAAAGUAAGAAAGGAAAAAACUGCUCAUGGAAUAGCUUUUCACAUCUCUCAAGUGUUUUGAGAUUUAAACGGGCUUGCUUAAGUCAAAAAUGUACUGAUGAUAAGUAAAAGAUACAUUUUUUUCUGAAACAUUUGACUUAAUUCUUUGUGCACACUUAUUGAUGACCUUAGUCAUGUGUAUUUUAAUGUUAACUGGAUUUAGGAGAUGGGGAAUGUGCACUGCAGCAAUGCAAUGUAUAACCACCACACAUGCCCAAACAAUAACAGCAUUAAGGCUCAUCUCUUAUGUUUAAGCCAUCACAAAAGCAUCAAGAGUUACUAUGGUAACUGUGAUUUUAUUUCAUUGAACUACAGGACAGGAGAGAUUUGCUAAUCCAGGAAUAUGAAGAGCAGAUUCGAGAGCUCAGGCAGAAAAAGGUGGAAUUGGAACAGAAAGUGAGUGUCUUGGAAUGGCAGCUUGAAAAUAUGAAACAGAAGUUAGAACUUCAGGAAAUCAGUCACAGACGAGAGAUUAGCAGUUUAAAUGAGAAGGUAAGUUACUGAACAUUUUUAAAUGAAUUGGCCUAUUAGUGAAAGCACUAACUGGAAAAUAAUGAUGAUAAUAAAUAAUAACAGAAAUAAUAAUGAUGACGAUGAUGAUGAUGAUGACAAUGACAAUGACAAUGAGGAUGAAGAUGAGGAUGAUAAUAAUUAACAAUUAUUCUUUGAAAUCGAGGAGAAUAGUGGCUGAAUAUUUACCAAGCUGUGAGGCGGUGAGGUAAAUAUUCCUAAAGCCACUAUUCACCGAGAUUGGAAAGAAUAAUAAGUAUUGUUUUAGUAUAUACACACAAAGCGAUCUCAACAAAAUCAGAGAGGAAACCGUUAAAAAGUAUGAUUUGAUUGACAGAUCAAAUCACUCAAAAGUUUAAAAAUAGAUUUUUGUAGAAUUUUCAAACAUGGCAAUUCACAAGCUUAUCACUUCGCAAACAACAGUAUAAUGGCUUAAAUGGAACCGUUAAAAGCUUGAAUUGUUUCCUUACCUGAGAAGAAAAGUAGAACUUUGUUGUUUUCUGUUGACUCGCCAAGUUUAUAGCCAAAAAGGUUUCUUGUGUCGUUCUUCGCAUGACAUUCUGACAAAAAUGGUGGCUCGGUUCCUCGCGGUAAGACGUCGUCUUCAUAUAGCAUUCUUUCUCCUAUUUACUUGAAACAUAGAAUUUCUGCAAACGUUUGCUUUCAAAUUUUUUUGUCACAAAUAAACUUCAAUUUUUGGGCCAAAUUUUUGUUGUUAGGACACGCUGACUUCACGAAAUGGCCUCUUCUACACGAAUAAACGGGAGUUGUAAACAAUCCAUUAACCACAAAAUUCAACUACAGUAAAUGGAAAAACAUUGUUUUAAAUCCCUCAAAGUCUUUUCUUGCCUAAAAAAAAAAGUCAACCCUAGGAUUUUGUCGACUUUUAAAAGAUCAUUCUCUAAAAAAAUGGGUAAAAAACCUUGCUCACACAUUAUUCACUUGCUAGGAGGUGAAUAUUGUUGAAUAGUCGAACCAAUCAGAUUGCUUUAUUACCAAGAUCACUCAGUGUGUAUAUACGAAUGAUAAAGAUAAUGACAAUGACAAUUAUGAUAAUGCUUUGCUAAUGCUAAUUAUGCUAAUGCUAAUGAUAAUGAUGAGGAUAAUGAUAGUACAAUAACAGUACUAGGUAUCUUUAGUCUUAACUCGUUUUGCUGGGUAGCAAUCUCACCUCUAAAAAUGCAUGUCUCACUCCAGAACCAGUCUCUGAAUGGUUACCAUGGCACAGAGAGAAAAGAUGACACCCUCCGUGAAUUUUACCAGAAGCUUUCGUAUUUCCUGAUGUCAGGUGAACACAGCAACAAGGAAAUCAUGGAGGAGAUUGAAAGGCAGAUUUCAAAUCUACAACAGAAGGUGAAUGUCAUUUAUUUCUGCCAUAACCAUAGAUUCUGACACACAGUGGCGACCUGUCCAAGCAUAAACAUAAUUCUUUGAGCAGAGCUGAAUAACUUGUUUUAACUUGUCAGUCCUCUGGUUGAUUACCUGUUUGUCAACCAAAGUUGCAGAAGGACCUGUAUCAGAAUUUGGGUCUGAUUUUAUGCUGCAAAAAAAUCAACAUCAGUCUGCCUGAUUGCUAUGUGCACCACAUCCUGGUGGUUUCUGAUCCCACUGUAAGCAAUUGUUGAAACCAAUCCCUGAGUUCAAAAGGCUGCUACCCUUAUUUCAUAUCAUGACCAGUCGAUUUGCACUCUUUCCAGUUUUUUAUUACACCACAUUAAGAGAUCACAACUAGUGGCAGCCUCUCAAACUUAGCAACUACAAUCGCACAAAAUGGGACUUUUGAAAUAGCCAAGUUCUGGCUCUGUCAGACAACGCCGGGAAGAGCAGCGUGCAAAGAAAGUAGUGUCCGACAGCCCGGGGCUAGUGGAUUUUGCUAUCGGGCUAGUGAAUUCUGUUUUUAACUUGCCCGACGGGCAAGUGAUGUUUUUUGAAGAAUUCGAAUAACAGAAGAACUGUGAAGUUAAUUCUGCUCGUCAAAAAGCUUUUGGGGCUAGUUGAAAUGACGUCUGGGCUAGUAAAUGCUAGCUUCAGCUUGCCCGAAUGGCAAGCUGUAAAAAUGAUUUUCUUUGCACCCUGAAGAGGGGAGUAAGAACUGGAAAAAAAAAAGGCGUAAAAACUGACAAAUGGGAAUCCGGUCGUUUCUCUCGAUCUGUAAUUAUCAUUCUUUAAACUUUACUGAAAAAAAGUAGCCGAAACCAUGCAAUUCCCUGCCUGUCGUUUAAUAUAACGUUGUUGUCCGCAUUUGGCUAAUCAAGAUAACGGCAACAAAAAUUCUUCUUACCCUUUUUUGCUACCUUGGUGUAGCAGCCUGAUUCCUGUGAGUUUGCCUGUCGUUUAAGUAAGAAUGGAAGCAAUUUUCGCGCAACCUGCAGAAAAAACGGCCUGAGCUUCUUAAAUUCAACAGGGAGCGUGUCGCUUGGGCUUGAUCUUGGGUUCCGAUCCAUGGGAAAAGCGACCAUUUGAUCUGUUUUUUCUCAGCAACUGCAGCCCUUAAGCAAUUCUUGUCAAAGUAGGUGUCUAAAAUCUGCCAAAAAGGAAGUAUUUUCUUCGUACACGACCACAUCCAUAACAUUCCGCCAUAUUUUUAUUUCCAAUAUCCCGCCGUGAAAAUGGCUGCGAAAAAACUGGUAACCAAUAAGACAGGCAGCAUGGCGAAGCGUGACAACUCUGUAACGCAAUUCGAUGUCUUUAAAUAAAGAAAGAAAAUAAAAUAAGCUAAAAUAAAUAAAUAAAUAAGUCAAUAAAUAAAAAGAAUGAAAUAAAUAAAUCACGCAACAUUUCUUAAUUUGCUUAUGAGCAAUGCAUUUUGUGUGUUGCAGGCAGAUUUUGAUUACGAGAACACAAAGGAGUCUCUGAGUUCGCCGUCCGUUAAGUUGGAAAAAGACAAGAUUACCUCAGAAAGUGAGGCAAGGCUGGCUAGAGAGUAUGCAAGCCAUUUGAAAGCACAGGUGAGAGACGCGAUAAUAGUGCGUUGUUGGUGCGAUUAAAUACAUUUUGAGCUACGGCCGUGAAAACGGGCAACAAAACGUGAAGCUUGUUUGGCAACACUUCGGCGAAACUAGUUGAAAAGGAAUUUAAUGUUCCGCGUUUUUCUACCCACGUUCCAACCUGUUUCGUAACAAAUCAGGUUGUUGCAAGUUGCUGAAUACUGACUUCCGAUUGGAUAAAAUUACGCGGGAGUCACGCUAUACACCGUAGUUACGUCACUUGUCUCAAAACAAGUCUGUCUUGGGCAGGUAAAACGCGCAACAUACAUAUACAGAUUUUGUUGCAAAAAGUAGUUUUACUAGAUCGUUACUUUCUGCAAAAUUUUUUCACAAUCUGCAACAAGCUGGUUUGCUGUAAGACAGGUUUGAUAUGUGGGUGGCGUGUAACAUCGCUAUUCAACUCGUUUUGCAGCAAUUUAAUGUUGCAAAACUACCGAAGUUGCACGUUUUUGCUGCACGUUUUACCAGUUUGUGCGUGGCCUUCUGCGCGAUGCCUUCUCUGCGUUAGGUCUCGGGUUCUAUUCCCAGAUGUGACCUCAAAUCCUUUCUUUUUUCGACUUCUUUCACUUAAUUUCCUUGUAGCUUUAAGUAACUUCAACAGACCAUAAUGUCAUCUUGGCAAACAAAAGAAGACAAAAGAAUUAUAUGUGCAUAAUAGUCGGGCGAUAUUGAAACUCGCGCUUAACCUUUGUACUGACCUGUAGUCAUCUCCAAGUUGAAAUGAUUUUGUUUGUUACAGAUGGAAACUGCAGAUAACCAACUCAAAACGUGCGAGAAAAUAAUUCAUCGGCUUUAUGGUGAAAACAACGAUCUCACGAAGGAAAACCUCAAUCUUGAAGGAAAGUUGAAGACUGCCUCUCGCUCCCAAGACAAGCUCCAACGUAAAAAGAUCCUUUUGCAAAAACUAGUGGAUAAACUUAGUCACCAUAUUGGAAAAGACGUACAGCACCAGUCUUUUUUAUUACUUGAGCUAGAUAAAGAUGUUUCUUUAUGAAAUGGACGGAAGGAGGAAUCGCUCUUUGACUUAAUUUUUGUUUUAACCCGACUCUUUUCUGAUGAGUUUCUGAGUCAUUCAGUCAGGAUAUUGGCCAGCUUUUAAGACUUCAACUUUCUAGUUCACUAUAAAAAGUUAUAUAUAGUCAUAACGAUUAAGCAAUCCACAAACGUUGGGGAGUAUAUAUGCGGGAGGAUCGAUGCAAACGCCCUUGCCCCAAUGCUGUGCUUUGCGCGGAGAAGGUUUGAAAACGCGCGAGAUCAGCUUACAACGCGCGUGUCUAACAGCAAUCUGGAGAUUAGGAUUGCGGGCACUUCUAGUUGCCCGCAAUAAAAUCUGACCUUCUUUUCACGGUCUUUCCGUAAAACGGAAGAAACUGGUACUGAAUGAUCAGCCCCCCACCCCCUAGUCUGUUGCGAGCCGAGCGCCAAUUCCGAAUAGUCGAAGACUGAAAUAUGAUGGGUUUUUUAAAAUAAGCAUUUUAUUCAUAAAACUUCUUUAUAGGAGUAAGGAAAGGCACAACUGUUCCUCUAAAGAAAAACUGUUUCUACUUUUAAAAUAACUAUGCUAUUGUUUUUGUCAUUGAAGUUUGAUUUUUUAGUUAUAAUUAUUGUCAGAAUAUUCGUACUUCUAAGUACUGAAAAAAAGAAUGCUUGCUGCAUUAUAUUCACAAGGUUUCUUUAAUUUCGACGGUUCACGUUGGUGCGUAGUACAUCAUUUAUUUAAGAUUCUUUUUAGGAUGACUGAACUGGGAUUAUGAUUUAUUUUCAAUCAGUGAUUUGAUUAAAAAUUGCCGGAAAAUCGCUUCACCGUAUCGGGGAUUUGGGAGCCAAACUUUUAGAAUUUUGAACAUUUACAUGUUCCUUAUCAGUGGAACUUUAUAAAUACAAUAAUGAAUUACGUCAGGUGUGAUAAAUUUUUUAUGUAAUAAAUAUUCGGGUACAUAGAUUAGGAGUCAUGUAGUCGUACUAAGCUGUUGUGCUCUUGUCUUGCUGGAAAUAAAUGAAACAAUUGGUUUAAAGUGAAGUUGUUUUACUUCUACAAUAAAGCAAAAAUCAC